AUGAAUAAAUACGAAGUAUUAGGAGUAGUUGGAGAGGGUGCUUAUGGAGUGGUUCUUAAAUGUAAAAACAAGGAGACAAAUGAGAUAGGUAUAAAUGAAGUUUAGAUGUUUUUAGUGGCGAUAAAGAAGUUCAAAGAAACUGAAGAGAAUGAGAUAGUGAAAAAGAGCAUAUAAAGAGAAGUGAAGGUACUUAGAUUGUUAAGACAUGCUAAUAUAGUGGAAUUAAAGGAAGCAUUCAAAAGGUAGUAUGAUGUGGGAAGUUAAUUAGAAAAGGGAGAAUAUAUUUAGUAUUUGAGUAUGUGGAGCGCAAUUUACUUGAAGUUCUUGAGGCAUCUCCUUCAGGAUUGGAAGUAUUAAACAUAAUUAUAAUGAUAGCCAUUGUAUAUCAAAAGAAUAAUUUUUCAGUUGCUUAAAGCAAUAUUUUGUUGUCAUCAAAAUGAUAUUGUUCAUAGAGAUAUAAAACCAGAAAANUAACAAUUGAAUAUUGAAAUUUUAGUAUAAUAUUAUUUUUAUAUUAGAAUAAUAUAUGGUGA